AUCACAAGUGGGCGACAAGCUUGGAAAUGGCCAGGCCAUAUCUUCGCGAACGCUCCCCUUGGUUUGGGAUGCUCGCAGCUCCUUAACAAUAUUUUUUUUGUUGUUGUCGCUCUUUUGAACUCGCAAUCAUGUCAAACAUUCUUUUGUUCCGCAGGAUCUUCCUGUGUGUCUUCCUCAUUGUCGCCUUCUCGACACAAAUUUUGGCACAAACUGCUACCGCCUCACCCACAUCAGAAAUUCCAUCAGAAACCUCACAAGCUCCUCCAAGCGGAACGCCUGGCACACCAACAGCUCCACCUCAGGUUAGCACAUCAACACCUCCAGAUGUCUACCUAAACGUGCCGGAGCUUCACGUUGGCCGCAUUGAACUCGGCGUCGAACAGCUGCAAGCCGACAUCAACUUGAACGCCAAGGUUGCAGGCCUCGUUCAAGUCAACGCUGGAGUCCAGGUCGCUGUUCAAAAGAUCAAUGUUACGAUUGCAGACGUCGAUGUCAACCUAGAGUUGAUCGUCAGACUCGGUCAUCUCGUGGAUAUUGUGGAGCGUGUCUUUGAAUCGCUGGACCUCAACCCCCUUCUGAUCGGACUCAUCAACAAUGUCACCGACUUGGUCGGCGACGUUAUUGGUGCUGUCGACGGUCUCCUUGGAUCCGUCACUCAGGGCGGAACGACCCUCAACUUCCUCGUCGACAACCUUGGAAACAUUGUCCAGGAAGUCGUCGGCGGCGCAACUGGAGCCCUCUCCACCAUCGUUGGAAACUACAAGCAGAACAUGACUCAAGUCGGCGACGACAAGAACCUCUCGAGCGGUCUCAUCCAGAAGACUUUCUCAUACGAGCCACUUAAUGCCCUGGUCGACAUUGUCUUCAACACGGCAGGACAAGUUGUCCAGGCCGUGGUUCAGAAGAAGAAUGGUGGCGGCGGUACACCUACUCCUAGUGCAACUCCAUCAGCGAGCGCAACGCCAGUGACGUUGCCUGUGAGCUCGGCUACCAGCUAAAAGGAGCAUAAUAAUCAAUAAUACAAUGCGUUCAC